ACGGGCAUGGAUGAGGAAACUAUGUUAUUGUAUAUGGUUAGGUCGUGAAAGGUGUUAUACAUAGUCACAUGUGUUACUAUAUCCCAAUUACAAAGUUUAUUAUAUGAUGAUUAAUUAAAACUUUAAGCUAAUGACCAUACAUAUAUGAUUAAUUAAGAAUUUGGAUUAUGGUUUGCUAAUCACGCGGUCAAUUUAGUCUCUAUAAAAGCAGUUGCGCACCUUCCACAACCUUCAAUAUCAACUCACCACAACCUUCUCUCUUACUCGUCACUCUUUCUUUUAUAUUCCUCUCCAUCUAGCUAUAAGUUAUCAAUUAAUAAAUAAGAAUAAAAUGGACAAAAGAGGAGGAAUAUGUAGUGGAGGUUCGGGAUCAUCAGGAGAAACAGAGGUGAGAAAGGGACCGUGGACGAUGGAAGAAGAUCUUAUUCUUAUCAACUAUAUUGCCAACCACGGCGAUGGCGUUUGGAACACUCUCGCCAAAUCUGCAGGUCUAAAACGCACCGGGAAAAGUUGCCGGCUCCGGUGGCUGAACUAUCUCCGCCCUGACGUACGACGUGGAAACAUCACGCCGGAGGAGCAACUUAUCAUCAUGGAACUUCAUGCUAAGUGGGGAAACAGGUGGUCAAAAAUCGCUAAACACCUUCCAGGAAGAACCGACAACGAGAUCAAAAAUUUCUGGAGGACAAGAAUACAAAAAUACAUCAAACAAACCGAUGUAGCAGCAACUGCAACGUCGUCCGUUGGAUCUCAGAGUUCAGAAAUCAAUGAUCACGCUGCAAGCACGUCGGCCCAUAAUGUCUUUUGUGCACAAGAUCAGGCGAUGGAUACUUAUUCUCCUACAACAACGUCGUAUCAACAUACCAAUAUGGAAUUCAACUAUGGUAACUACUCUGCGCCUGUGGCUCCGGUGACUACGGCUGCGACGACAGCAGAUUAUUCGGUACCGAUGACCGUUGAUGAUCAAACCGGUGAAAACUAUUGGGGCAUGGAUGAUAUCUGGUCAUCAAUGCAUUUACUCAAUGGUAAUUGAUUAACAACGAUCGCUCGGAAAACAAAAUAUGGAAUAUUACUUUGAGAUUUGUGAUUUUUAGUACCGUGAUUAGUACGCGACAUGUAUAUGGUUUUUGCCUCGACGUUUCGAGGUUUGGGAAUAUACUUUUUAUAUAAUAUCAAUAAUCAUAAUCCUUGAUAUAUAUUUUGAACUUUAUUGCAACCCGUUGGAUGUUAUACAUAAAUAAA